UUGACUCUCCAUGAUCACUUGCACAACGCCCUUCUGGGAGUCUUCCUGGGACUUCUAUCUCUUCUCACCAUCAUAAUGAACCUGCUUGUGCUCUAUGCUGUGAAGAGAGAGAAGAGCCUCCACACUGUUGGAAACCUCUACAUUGUCAGUCUAUCUGUGGCAGAUCUGAUUGUCGGGGCCACCGUCAUGCCUCUGAACCUGGUGUAUCUCAUGGAGGACGAGUGGAAACUGGGGCGGGCGGUUUGCCAGUUUUGGCUCAUUAUGGACUAUGUAGCCAGCACGGCCUCAAUUUUUAGCUUGUUUAUUCUGUGUUUGGAUCGGUACCGCUCAGUCAGACAGCCACUUAAGUACCUAAAAUAUCGAACACGAGGAAAAGCCAGUGUAAUGAUCUCCGGAGCCUGGCUGCUUUCGAUGAUGUGGAUUAUCCCUAUUCUGGGAUGGAGAUCUUUCACAAAUGUAGACCUGAAACCCGAGGAGGAGAACAAGUGUGACACAGACUUUCGUUUUGUCACGUGGUUUAAGGUCAUCACAGCGGUUUUCAACUUCUACGUACCCUCUAUUUUGAUGUUGUGGUUCUACACACAUAUCUACUUGGCGGUAAGGCAGCAUCUAAGAGACAGAGAGAGAAUCAUUCACCCAACAGACUCAUUUGGUGAAAAUGAGAAUGGAGGACGUGCUCCAAACCCUGAGGAGAAUGACUCCAAAUCCCCCAAGGAAGAAUGUGAGGUUUCCGUGAAACGUUCAAAAAAAGAACACCUGCUGGACCAGAACACCCUUGCCCAGACGUACUCUCUUGAAGAUUCAGAUAAAACCAAAGCUGCUCACUUCACAGCUCCCAAAAAAAUUGAUGUAAAGUGCAGGAGGACGUCUCUCCUUGCUGUGACAACAAAGCACCUCAGAAUGGCUCGUAAGGCUAAAACCUGCUCUUUGAGCCCUGAAGACAAGAAGCCAGACUGUGAUAUUCCCCUGAGCCAACCGUCAGCGCCUCAGGAUGGGAUUUGCACUUGUGGGAGCAAUGAAAGCAAACUUCAGGCCUCUCUAAAUGAAUGUCAUGUCACAGUGCCAAACUCUGUGAGGGGAGUUUGUGAUAUCAGCCAGGUGUCAGAUGUUCAGAGAUACAAAUCCGUCCUCUACAACAGCUAUGAUCCCAGUCAAGCUCUGCCCUGGCCAGAGAAAGGGGCUGAAGAUGCCAAAAUAGAUCCAGAUAACACGGUGACUCUAAGAGAGGCGUGGCACAAGUUCAUUGACCAAUCACGACACCGAAUCCACAGUUUGAGGAUCCAUAAAGAACACAAAGCAGCCAAGCAAUUAGGAUUCAUAAUUGCCGCUUUCUUACUGUGCUGGAUACCAUACUUUAUAGCUUUUAUGGUCAUGGCAUUCUGCAGAGAGUGUGUGCAUCAUGAUCUUCAUAUGUUCACAAUAUGGUUAGGUUACAUCAACUCAACUUUAAACCCUUUCAUAUACCCGCUCUGCAAUGGAAACUUCAAGCGGGUGUUCAAGAACAUUAUUAAGAUGAACCUCUGA